CUUUCUUGAAAGGCAAACAUACUAAUUGAGUAACAAGGCUGCAUUACACACAAAACUUCUAAAAUCUCUCGAAACAAAUUAUAUAAAACUUCCCUACCAAACCCAAGUUAGACUUCCAAGCCAAGUUCCAACUGUUUUAAAAUAUAAACUUCCCUAGUCUUAUGCAUGUAUAUAAAAAUCGUUUCAAGUUAUGCUAUUACAAUGUGCUUCCAUCCUAGUUUUUCUUACCAUACUCUCUCCAUACCAUGACUCUCAGUGUAAUCAGAUCAAAUCGCAGCCUUGCGAGGCCGGCUGAACACACACCAUCUGGAAUAUUGGACCUAUCAGCCAUCGAUAGAAUUCCAGUUCUUAGAUGCAAUGCUCGAACGUUACAUGUGUUUAGACACGGCGGCCUUGAGGCAGCUCAAGUCAUAAGAGGAGCUUUGUCCAGGGCUUUGGUUCCAUACUAUCCGCUUGCAGGAAGGCUAAAGGAGUCAAACCAAGGUGAACUUCAAAUUGAUUGUUGUGGAGAAGGAGCUUGGUUUGUUGAGGCAUCUGCCAAUUGUACCCUGGAUUCUGUCGAUUACUUCAAUGAUGUUUCAUCCAUCCCGUAUGAUGAGCUACUUUCUGAUUCUGUCCCAAAAACCGAUGGCAUGGAACCGCUUGUUCAAAUGCAGGUGACACAAUUCACAUGUGGUGGGUUUGUGGUUGGCCUAACGUUCUGCCAUGCUAUAUGUGAUGGCCUAGGAGCCGCACAAUUCCUAAAUGCUGUUGGGGAGAUGGCAAGAGGCCUUGAGCAUCCCAGCAUAGCACCCGUUUGGCAUAGGGAUUUUUUCCCAUUACAAUCUCAACUAGAAGAUUCCACUCAAUCACCAAAUUUUCCACCACCACUGCCAAGUUACCAGCUAAAGCAUGCCAACAUAGACAUUUCCACGGAUCACAUCAGCCAGCUGAAGCAACAAUUUCAUGAAUCAGCGGGCCAAACUUGCUCCGCCUUUGAAAUUGUAGCUGCCACUUUUUGGAGACAGAGAACACGAGCAGUAAACUUUGAGAACAAAACUGAAGUGAAGCUUGUUUUCUUUGCAAAUUGCCGCCAACUCUUGGACCCUCCUUUGCCUAAAGGUUUUUAUGGCAACUGUUUCUUUCCCGUGACAAUCACAACUUCAAGUGAAUGGCUUACACAAGCAACAAUGGUGGAUGUGGUAAAAUUGAUUCAAGAAGCAAAGUCUAAGCUACCUUUUGAGUUUUCUGAAUAUAUAAAUGGAGAUUAUGCAAGGAACGGUGAGGACCCAUUUGCACCACCUCUAACUUACACCACAUUGUUUAUAUCAGAGUGGGGUCGACUUGGAUUCAAUCAGAUUGACUAUGGAUGGGGGCCACCUGUACACGUGGUGCCAAUUCAAGGGUCUAGCAUCAUACCUGUUGGGAUUGUGGGGUCACUUCCUUUGCCCAAUGUAGGCAUCCGUUUGAUGACGUGGAGUGUUGAGGAGGCCCACCUCCAGCCCUUCAUCCAUCUCAUGACGACACCAAUUUGAUUUUAUUUGUAUAUCUACUCAAUUACUCUCUUCUUAAUUGUUGGUUUGACAUUUUGAAUUUCAAUAAUCAAAAUGUAAUAAACAAGUGCAAUUAAUUAAUAACAAAA